AGCCAGCCAGAUUGUGAUAGUUUUUCCUACUACGUCGACAGCUUUCUCCACUCUGGUGCUGGUAGUCGCGCGGGUGUUUUUUGUCCAAAAAAAUCUGUCCCUCUGUGGUUUAGUGUUUCUCGUGUCGGGUGUUACCGAUUCCACCGGUAGGCGGACGAAGAUAAUGUGGCGGUGGUGCUCCUGCUACUGCUGACCAACAACAACACCAUGAGUCCGAGGAACAUCCUCCACGUCGUGGAGGAAAACAUCCGCGACAAAGUGGGCUGGAAGCGUUUGCCCCUGGAACUGCGGAAGGCUCUGCAAGACAACGAGAAGCGCUAUGAAAAGUUCAUUCUCGACUACAGCCUCAAGAACCAGCUGCGGUAUCGCGGUAAUCUAGUGCACACCACCUUUGGCAAUGAAAAGUUGUACUACGAGAAGCUGAUUGAGGAAAACAUUAGGGCGUUGCAUCUGUUUCCGUACCACCUGGCGGACAUAGUGGCCAAGGGGCUCCGGUUGACACCCUUCAACUACUACAUAGAUAUGCUGGUUUUCCUGUUGAACCACGACAAGAAUUACGAUUCGCUGCCAAACUUCACCGCGGCUGACUGUUUACGGGUGGUCGGAAUCGGACGCAACGAGUACCUUACGAUUUCGAGUGACCUGAAGACCAGCUCGCCAAAGUUGUUCUUCAAACGGAAUCCGUACUACCUACUGCCCAAGUUCCCGCGCCGGAUUGUGAUCGAGCCCUGGUGGAAGGUGGAAGUUGGCUAUGUUCUGGAGAGUGAUGUUCAGUUCGUAAGCCCGGACGAGUUAGCGGUGCUCGAUCGGUUGAUCGACUACGGGGCGCAGACGGCCGGAGCUCUGGACUACGAUGUGGUGCACAACUUGUACCGCAAGGGAUUGAUCUAUCUCGAUGUGCCAAUUAGCGGGGAGGACAAAAUUAGCAUCCCUCCGUUGCAGAACUUUGUGAUGAACCGGGUCAGUGGUGACUAUUUUGAGAACUUGCUGUAUAACGUGUUCGUCACGGCCGAUGAACAGUCCACAAUAGCUGAGUUAUCAAACAUCCUGCAAGUCCCCCUGGACACGGUCAAGCAAGCAACGUCCCUUUUCUGCCGUUUGAAUUUCGCUCGCCGUAAACAAUCCAGCUUCACAAACAACGUCGAGCCGCAUGAAAGUUGGAAGAAUGCCCGACGCGAGCAACAGCAGCAGCAAACUGGUCGCACCAUUUUCAACUAUCAUUCGUUGCUCCUCAGUCAGGAAUCGGUGGAAAGUGAGCAAAGUGAGCGUCCAGUUGACCUGACCAUCGGUUCUCUGGACAGCCCAAGUCCUGCCGAGGACAGUCCCGGUGACUAUAGUAACCUGUCUGAUGCCAAACCGGAGGAGUCCCGUUCGUCAGAUGUUAAGAGGGUUGGAUUUGUCUUCGAUUCCACUCUGACGGCAUUCCUCAUGAUGGGCAAUUUGUCCCCGGGAUUGAAAACGCACGCCGUUACCCUUUUCGAAGUCGGCAAACUCUGUGACGAAGGGAUGAACGACUUUCUCCGCGAACUGGAAAAAGUGUCCAUUCUGGAUGCCGAUGGGGAAGGCGAGGUCAGUCGCUACUUUCAUCAUGCCAUAAUUCUACGCUCGACGAUCGUCGCCUUGAAAUCCGUCCUCAACACCGAGUUGGAUCUGCUCCGUCUGGAAAGCCUGGAAGCUCUGGAUCAGAAGACCCGAAACCGUCUUCUCGAGAAGAAGUACAAAUUCCUAAUCGCUGCCGCCCCUCUCUCGGGAGUUCUCUCCUCCCCUUUUUCCAUUCCGUUCUUCGGCCAGUUCUACCGGACGUCAACCAAUUCCCACAUCUGGUCCAAACUGUUCUACUAUCACAUGGGAGGCUACGGACCUCCAAGUCUGCUCCUCACCAAGGGAACCGUCCUUACCCAUCUGCCGCGGUUGUUCCUCGGCUACGGGAAGCUCCUCAUUACGAUCGUCCACACGGAAUCGUUCGUGCUGAACUCGGAGAAGUUUGCCUCGCUGAACGAACACCUCAAGAACGGCUGUGUGCUCAUUCAGGGCUACGGGAUCAAGCAACCGGCCGAGAUGCACUAUGAGGUGUUUCCAUUUGACGCGGCGGCUGGGUUCGAUCGUGGCUCGGAGUGGAGUCGACAUUCGGCCGUGCGAAAGCUUGCCAAGGUGCUGGAUGUGGAGAAUAGCUUCGGGUAUAUGACGUUCAUUCGGACCGGGGUGCCGGAUUAUGGGUGCGACAAUUACGAUGAGAACGUUCAUCUAUUCAAAGACCAUGCCAAAAGCAGCAAAGAACGAAAGCAUUCCGACACAUCAAAGCCAGAUUAUCCGAAGCCAAAAGCGACUCGCUCGGAUACGAUCAGUUCCAUCACGUCGAUCGAAAGCGACGACGCCAGCCUGAUUGAGGAUAUUCGCCGGAUUCGGGACAUCUACGAUGGGAAGGUGGCGGCCGAACCGGACCUUCCCGAAGACGAUGAACCACCGGUGGCGGCGGCACCGGUUUCCGAACGACAACUCGACGCUAGUCCAGAUCACGAUUUGGUGCAACAGCUGGCCGAUGCCAGUCGGAAUGCCGAUUCGGAUUCUGACUCGAGGGAGCGGUUGUCUGGCAAUAGGAUGGAGGAGUGGACUCUACUCGAUGUCCAUUUUGGUAUUCCACUGUUCGACGUGGAUUGCAAUACUAGCAUAUGUCAGCAUGUUAUCAGAAAGCUCUGCUCGGAAGAUAACAUCGCAAACAUUCGGGAGGUCAAUUCUAAAAUGGAAUACUGCUAUCUGAAGUUCAUAUCGCAAUGUUUGUAUUACGAGGACGAGAGCAUGGAAUUGGUGAAACCGGGCAAGUUAGUCCCGAAGCCACGUAUCAAUCUGGCGUUUGAAAACGGUAAAAUCAUCAGCUGGAAUGGAAAAUAGAGAUAGCUAUUACCUAGACGUGCAAAUUCCCCCAAACAGGAAAUAGAAAAUCUAAUCUGAGAUACACCAAAAAUUCCCUAAGAUACCAUAAAUGCAUUCCACUUUUAACGACUAAAUCUAGUUACAGAACGAUAGAGUGAAUACUUAAACUAUUUAACACAGGCGUAGAGUCUCUUUCGAGACGUUGAUAAGUUUGAUAAGCAAAUUUUGGGUAUUAUUGUGCCGGAAUGGCACACAAAUUGCAAUACGGAGAAACGAGCCAACAGUGGUGAUGGGUAUAAGAUAGGUGAGACCGUACUGUUUUAUUGUCCUAAGUAUGAGACCUAAGCACAUCAGCAUUUGAGUAAUAUAGAUGUAGUGUACGUGCUACCAAAAGUCCAGUUUUAGUCCCUGGAACACAGACACAGACACAUUGUGAGAAAUACAUUCAUUUAUUUUAGACAUA